AUGUCUCUCACUAAUCCGUCAAAUCUCGAUAAAUUUGAAAAUAGUAACGGCUGCAAACACGAUAGCCCAGGAUCCGCCGUCCGUCGUUGCGGCGGAAGAAGAGGUUCACAGGGACAGGUUCAGGAAAGUCGAUUCGAAGGAGAGGUGAUUGGCUCUACCAACGGCUAUCCUGCGAGUAGGAACGCUGCCUGCAGUCUUCCCCACACCGCACGCCCCGACACGACCAAUUCCUCACCCUCGUCCUCGUUAGCUCGCUCGCCUGUUCGGCCAGUUGCGCAUGUUCUCGACUACUCUUCCACCCUCAUUCCUUCUCCAAAAGCGGACGCUACCCUAACUUCCGAUCCACAAAUGUCGUCGUCGGAUCUUGACGGCGGGUCUGAAUGGGGGUGUGGCGGGGGUGGGGAUGGUACCGCCGACGGUCGGGAUCGGUUGGUUUCCUCGUCCGCCAGUCAGAGGCCUCAGCGGCCCCCCAGGGAGUCCAGUUCUCCCUCCUCCACUGAUCCCCCGCUAUCCCCGUUCCAUAUGGAUCAUUGCAUUGGUCAAUCGUAUGCAGCCUCAAGCCACAACUGCCUUCCCAAUUCCCAUCAAGACCAUCACCAGCAUCAACAUCAGAAUCAGCAGCAACAGCGACACCGGUGGCAACAAAUUGACCUGUCAACUGCCCGGGACCUUUCUGAAACGGAAAUUCUGCCGGCCGCUUCUCCACGGGAAGCUCCAGCCCCCAGCGAUGAUCACCACCACCACCAUCGCCGCCAUUGCAGUGGUGUCUCUGCGCGACAGCAGGGCAUUGCAUCCACUGCCGUGGCUGACCAAGAUUACCUUCCCUUCGAGUCAAUACCGAGCAGCUGGAACAAGAGCAGCCCAUCCCCUGCUCCCUCCUUCGGAUCCCCUCUCAGCAGUACCCCCAGCUCCAACCUUUCCUCUGAGACCGAAUUCGGCGGCGCCCUAAUUACUCCCGGGGAUCUGGACGGCUUGACUGGCGCGAACAAACACCAGUCUUCCCCCCUUGAACACAGCAAGAGCUCCCCCGACCAGGAAGCUUGCGAGGAAGAUUCUGACGGAGGCGUUGACGUGGAUCUGUUCGACAGCGACAUGGAGUCCAUUGAGGUUACCCGUUCGCCACUACCCUUGCCGCCAACGCUACAUGUGCCGAAUCCGAUUGACGAAGACGAGGAGGACUUCUCGCCGAGCAACCUCGUUACCAGGCCUCCGUCUCCUGUUGGCGGGGGAGCCGCCUUCCUAGAUUUCUUUUCUUCUUCCCCCUCGCCAACCGAUCCAUCCCCCCAUGAGGGCCCCGCGGAUAACGGAUCCGAAAACGCCAAUGACGAUGAAGCCCCGGGCGACGACGAUGACCCCGUCUUUCUAAUGCAGCUGGACCCUCCGCUGGAGGAGUUCGGCUUUGCGCAAGAUCAUUCGUCGUCGCCAGCCGCUACCCAGCCCGAUAAUUACCUGCACUCUGGGGUUUUUGGCGUUCAUGGGUCCAUGAUGGAUCCACUGUCCGAGAUUCUGGUUACGAGGAGCUUCGAAGGACAGCAAGAGGGGUCCACAAUGGAAGAUGAAGCUUUGGAGUCGGAAGCUAGCCAAACACCGGGCUGGAACGAGAGUAUGCCAUCUCAGUCUCCCCAGACUCCUCCAACAACAGCAGCGGCUGUGCCCCCCUCGUCAUUCGCCACUCUUGUGACGGCGUCGGGGGAGUUUCCAGCGGCUGCUGGUGUUGGAGAAGCCUUCCCCACAUCACAUUCACCACCUCCAUCCCCUCCCCCCCUUAUAAUUCACGAUGACUUUAACCCCUUCACAAACGACCUUAACCCCUUCACAAUAUACACACCCACACCUCCCCAUCCCCUUUCCCCUUCACCCACUCCCUUUGCUGUUGAAUUCCCGCUCCAUUUCUCCACAACGUACCUGUCCCUUCCACCCGUCGUUCUGGACGGCGGGGUAUUCACUGAAGAUGAAGAAAUUGAGGGCAUAACUGAUCACACGUUUGAACAAAACCUACCCCUUGAAGACAUUGAAAACUACAACUACGAUUUUGCAAAGUUUUGUCUGCACGCCUACUGCCGGUACAGGAUGAACCCGGCACGUUACCAGAAAUUGUCGGUGGCAGCCGCAGACGUCAGGAAACUGCCGCGACCGAGAGAGAUUACGAAACGGGAUGUUGAGAGGGAUGGCUGCGAUAUUCAAGCGAUUCCUUGGCAGAAGUUGGGGAUCACGGUCGAUGUUGCCAGGGGCGUUCGCCGGAAGGAAUAUAUUAAUUAUAGGAAUGAGAAGGAUGUUGAACCUGAACAGCCGGUAAGUCGUUCGUCCUCUCCGUCUCUCUCUCCUCCCCCCCCCCCCUUUUUUUCCCUCCCUCCCCUACGGCUCCGUUUUUCUUUUUCCUUUUCUUUCCUUUUUCCCUUCGAUUUUAGGAGGGAGGGGUGGGGUUUCGCUUGCCAAGUGAGUGCUUCCGGCAGAUAUCGGAUGUAAUGCUUCGGCUUAGAAGCAGAUCUACGGGUACCUUAAUCGAACAUCAUGUUUCUGCAUAUAGCCCCCACAAGCCCGUCCCACCCUGCAUUCCGCUCUCAUUGGUUUUCCGGGUUUCAUUCACGAUAUCGGUAUGCUGAUUGGGAUCAACAGCCUAGCAUACCGGAAAAUCGCCAAUUUUAUAAAUUCCGAAGGAUGGACACGGAGCAGAAGCCCCGUCUGAUACACUUCCAACUGCGCAAUCUGCUGGGAGUGGUGUCCAGAAGCGACGUUUUCUACGCUGGUAAUGCGAAGGUUCUUCGGACGAAUCCGCUAACGGGAUCGACGGUGACUACGAUGGAUUUGUCGUACUCGGACUCUUGGAGCGGGAAUCAAAUCCGAAUCUCAACACUAAGUGCCUGCACCGGUCAGUCUGGAGUGGUGAUCGCGGGCUGUUUUCAUGGGGAAUACGCUAUGAAACCGCUCUUUGCCCAGGCAUCCGCGCAACCCAUCACCGGAAUUGUGACGAAGAAUGAGAGUGGUAUAACAAACCACGUUCAGAUCGUCCGAAACAGGCACAACAACACACCAAACGCCGUCUUCUCAUCGAACGACUGUCACGUGCGUGUCCUUGACUGCGAGACUCUAGCUUUCAACACUCAACACGAAUACGACUGGGCGGUGAACUGUAGCGUUAUGAGUCCGGACUCGCGCCUACGGGUUGUGGUAGGGGAUCAUACGGACGUACUCAUCUGCGAUGCCGAGCGCGGGAGCACACAGUUCGUCCUCCCAGGGCAUAGAGACUACGGUUUCGCUGCGGCCUGGAGCGACGACGGGCACACUAUUGCUACUGGGAACCAGGACGAAACGGUGCGCAUCUGGGAUGCCAGAAAACUGAACGAAACCAUGAAGGUGCUCCCUGCGAAGAUGGCCGGUGUAAGAGCCCUACGCUUCUCACCGCUCGGAUACGGCGGCAAGAGAGUCCUUGCAAUGGCGGAACCCGCCGACAUUGUGCAGAUUGUGGACGCAACAUCCUGGGACUCUAUGCAACAAUUGGAAUUCUGGGGCGAGGUUGGAGGAAUCGAGUUUGCGCCUACUGGGGAGGAAUUUUUCAUCGCCAAUGCGGACAAGUGCGUUGGGGGCCUUAUGGAAUUUGAGAGGUGCAAGGGGCGGGCUUACUAUCAGGAGUAUCCCGAGAGCGACAGUGGUAGGGAAGUACUUAGUUGGGAGGACGCUAUGGAUGAGGAGGAGGGGGAUACGAACGGGCCGGGGAGGAGAGGCAGAGGGAAGUAUUAUGCUUCGCGGAAGUAUCGGAGGUUGGGGUAUGGGAUGGGGGAGGGGGUAUUUGUUUGAGUUGAUGCUCUUUGAGUUGAUCUGCUUUCUCUUUUUUUCUUUUCAUUCUGGUGGUUCCUUGCGAGUUAUAUCUAACGAGUCGAAGGGUGGAGGGAGACAUCGGAGGAGUGCAGCUCCCCUUCCUUCAUUCUCUCUCCCCCUCUCCCUGCCUGUCUGUCUGCCUGUCUGUUUUUUUGGUCUGCCUGUCCGUUUGUCUCUGUCUGUGUGCUCCCCUCCCUCAUCCUUACCUUACGGUUCGUAUUCAACCCCACCCCACCCACCCCACCUUAUUCUAGCCUAGUUACACGGGCGCAAAUGUAAUAACCACCACCACCACCGCCACCUUCUUCUUCUUCCUUUCCUUCCCUUUCUCCUUCUUGUCUUUACCGUCACCAUCAUCAAAUCAGCACUGGGAGGCUAUCUGCUUUUAUCAUAACGUUUGUCGCGAGUCAUGAUUGUCAUUUCCUUUUUUUCUUUCUGGGUUCUCAUCCUAUCGUCUGUCCUAUCUACUUUCAUACAUUACGUUACGUUUGGUUACGUUGCUCGUCAUUGCGUGGAAAGUUGGCUUUUUGCUUGUUUUUGUUUUUUAGCUUUUUGGAUGGUUGGCGUAUUUGCUACUGCGGUUGGUUGGUAUGUAGGUAUUAUGUGGGGCACGGGAAUGAA